AUGCCGCCCCGACUUUUCGAACGACUUUCGGCUGCCUUUUGGGGUUAUCUUUCUCCAAGACAGCCUGCGACCAAGAAGAGAAGCACUCCUGUCCACCAUGUUCGACCUUCGCGCGUCACUCCGACCAACUUUGUCACUCCUGAACGUCCUGGCAGUGGCUACUUACCACUCACACCAGCCGAUACACAUGCUGGCUCUAAGAGAAAGAGAGACCUCGAGGUUGAAGACCACAGAAAGAGAACCAGACAUGACGAUUUGGAAGAUGACGACUACUACGACGACAUCGAAGAAGUCCGUCUAGAAGAUGAGAAGCUGGAGAAAAUGGCAGGAUCCAAAGAGCUCUAUGAGCCUGAGGACAUUGAUAACUUGUACUCCGAAGAUGAUGAAUAUGACAGCGGAGACGAGGACGACGAGGAAGGUGCUCGCUACGACUACGACGUCUACAACCAUACCCUCAACCCCCCAAGACUGCCAGACCAAGGACUUGAAGGAUCUGUCGAUGAGGAUGAUGGCAUCAAGUACGACUACAACAUCUACAACCCUACCAUUCGCUCCAACAUACCUCUUCCAGGACAAAAAGCACUUCUCGAGAGCGCCCUACCUCGAGACGUCCCACAGAUCAUCAUCAACAGCACUGAAGACGAAAGUGAUGAAGACGUCAUCAACGUGAUCCCCAAGGAUGCUCCUUCUGUCUACGCUGACGGCGAUGAGGACUUCAUUGUCUUCAACGACACGGACGCCGAUGACAACUCCGCCCUUGACGUUGACACCUCUCCACACGCCAAUUCAUCAUUCCUCGCAGCUUCUCAGAAUGAACCCUCUCUUUUCGGUUCCUUCCUCGAAGAAGCUCAGGACGGCGAGGACACCAUUCUCCUGGACUCACGCGCCCGUGUCGGUAGUCUCGAAGACGAGCGCGUAUCCAAAGAUCAACUCCUUGCCCGUGGCUGGCCCCAAAACACAGUCUGGUUGAUUCAACGCAUUCACAACCGCGGCCGUGAACCCGUCUUCGCAUUCCACUGGCAUCUCGAUUUUCCCAUGAUGCCUGAGGGCAUGUUCUUGCCUGCCUAUCAUGAUCACCCUGGUUACAUCAACACUCUACGCAACAAAGACUUCCGUGCCAAACAUGCUUUCGAAAGACUGAUGCAAUUGGGUCCUAAAGUCCGCGACAAGAUCACUGUAGGUCUUGCUCCAGAGAAAUUGAUCGUGGAUGAAGUGCAACGGUAUAUGGCAUGGUCAGAUUGGGACUCCAGUAACCAGUUCCCCUCCUAUCCGUUCAUCGAGAUCCACACUGGCACCAGAGACGAAGACGUCAAUGCUCUACAAGAUGCUCUACUUCUUCGCCUUUCCAAUCUUCAUAAACACUGGCUUGCACCUUCUGACAAGGCGCCGAAACGUCCUGCCCCGUUCAUCAGACCUGCUGACGAUGACCUCGAUCAACCACCUCCGUUGUACGGUAUCCUGGUCUCGCAUACGCUGCUUGGUAUCGUUGCUUUUGUGCCUGGCGCUGAGGAUAGCGAUUCCAUCGGAUAUCUGCGUACAGUAGGUGUCUUUGACUUCAAUGUUGUGGGGUAUGAUGUGUGGACGAGUCUGGCAUUGGCUUUACUUGUCAUUCACGUCAGAGAUGAAGGUGUCAAGAGGGGGUGUUCGAGACGCAGAGAUGGUAUGAAGAAUCGAUGGGCGAGAGGGGGCGCAAGUAUGGAUCCUGACAGAUGA